CAAGAAUCAUGCAUUCGUGAAAGCUGCAGCGGAUUGAGCAAUCUUUAUUUGUGAUUAGUGUGUAGUGUUAUAUUUAGUCACGUUGUAGUUUAAGAUCAAACGUGAUUGAGUUAAAAUGGCUGUAUGGAAUAACAGAUGUAAUCUAUAGUGUUGAUUAAACGAUUCAAGUUUUUAAAACGUUUUUAUGGCAUAUUUCUAAAUGAUUUUUUGAAAUCAAAGUUUGCCACAUUUGUGUGGGGAAUAUUUUGAUGACAUUUCUUAUCAUAUUACUUGCAUAUUUUUAAACCCCUACGGAGACUUUUAAUGACUAUGGAUUGUGAUAGUGUUACAAACAAAUCAUUACAAGAAGAGGAAAUACAAGCUAUGUUUUCCAUAUAUGACUCAGAAUGGCAAGUCGAAGAUCCUUUCAAAAACAGUUCUUAUAGUAUAAACAUUUCUAAUUCUUCAGGCAAUAGUGUGUAUUUCAAAGUCACUUUGCCAGAAGAUUAUCCAUUAAACUCACCACCUCAGUACUUGAUAAGUGCUCCAUGGAUGAGCAGAGAAGUGAAAAACAGGCUUAUAGCUAUGCUGGAAAAUAUAUAUUGUGAGAAUAUUGGAAAUUGUGUUCUUUACCAAUGGGUUGUAAAAAUACAAGAUUUUAUUGAAGGAGAUAUUACCGAAAAUAUUAGUUUUGAUGAUUCCAAAAAUUUGGUUGAUCAUGAAGAUGCAAAUGCUAGCCAGAUAGCAUUGAAUAGUACAUGUGAAUCAUUAGACAAUUUGCAUUUAUCAAGUACCGAUGAAGAAUUACCUCCUAUCAUACACGGUGAAAUAAUACAAGAUAAAAAAAGUGUUUUUCAAGGUCAUGUAGCCAAAGUUGUUUCUGUUGAGCAAGUAAAGAAAAUUUUGAGUAAAUUAAAAGAAAACAGAAAAAUAGCUAUUGCUACUCAUAAUAUUCUAGCUUAUCGAAUUAGUAUAGGACCUGAUUCAUUAAUUCAGGAUUGUGAUGAUGAUGGUGAAACACGGGCAGGAUCUAUUCUUUUGCAUUUACUACAGUUACUUGAUGUUAAGGAUGUUGUUGUGAUUGUUUCUCGGUGGUAUGGAGGUAUACAUCUAGGACCUGAUAGAUUUAAAGAUAUCAAUAAUGCUGCUAGAAAAGCAUUAAUUGAGGCAGGUUUUAUACAAGAGAAAACCAAAGGAAGUGAAAAGAAACGCUAGAAGUCUGUGAUAAAUUUCCUUAAAUGUGCCCUUUUAACAGGGAUAUGCUACUGUAUCAGAAACCAUUUGACAAAAGAAGCAAGCAUACAUCGAAAAGUUUUAAGACAAGUAAAUUCUUGGUCCCCCUCCCCCCAAGAUUGAUAUACAAAAACUAAAAGGUCAAAAUAACUAUUGACUUCUUUUAUUAAAUCUUUGUACUCGGAAAACCAAUACGAUGCAUAAUCAUACAUAUAUGAGUAAGGAUUCAUUUAGUUUUUAGUAAGAUAGAAAA